AUGUCACCUCACGCCGUGCUGUCAGGCACCCCCCAGAAUGGAAAGCCGACAGUCGACUUGAGCAAAUUCGCCGUCACACAAAACGCCUUCCUGCCCGCCACCAGUCCGCCAACCUCGCUCUCCGAUUCGUAUUAUGAGCCCUGGGAGCUCAUUGCACAGCAUCUGCCAGCAUUGACUGGGAGCAACAGAAUCCGAGACUCCGUCUGUCAGCUGCCCGUACUAUCAACAGAUCGUCUUGUAUCCGAAGCGGAAUGGAGGAGAGCCUAUGUCAUCUUGGCUUUUAUGGCCCAUGCGUACAUUUGGGGUGGUGAAAAGCCCGAGCAAAUCCUACCGCCGCAAAUCACGGUCCCUUUCUUGCGGGUAUCGAGCCAUCUCGAAGUGCCCCCAGUAUUGACAUACGCGGGCGCCAACCUUUGGAACUUCUCUUGCUCCGGGAGUGAUUUCACAAACCUUCACAACCUUGCUCUCCCCAUUUCAUUCACCGGUAGCGAAUCGGAAUCGUGGUUCUUGCUCAUAAGCGUCGCCAUGGAAGCCAAGGCAGCAGGCAUCCUGCAAACCAUGAUGGCAGCUCUAGAGGCCGUCAAGACGCGAGACUACCAUGUCAUCACCUCGGCGCUCGGUGAACUACGCGGCUGCAUCGACGGUGUCGGUGCGCUUCUGGAGCGAAUGUACGAAAAGUGCGACCCAAUGGUCUUUUAUCACCAGAUCCGGCCCUUCCUAGCGGGAAGCAUGAACAUGGAGGCCUCUGGACUGCCCAGGGGCGUCUUCUACGACGAAGGGCAUGGCAAGGGACAGUGGAGGCAGUACCGCGGCGGCAGCAACGGGCAGAGUUCCCUGAUCCAGUUCUUCGACGUCGUGCUGGGUGUCGAGCAUCACACCCACGGCAAGCCGGGACAAAAGAGCUUCCACACAGAAGUCAGGGAGUACAUGCCCGGGCCUCAUAGGCGCUUCCUGGUGCAUGUGGCCAGGAUGGGGAGCAUACGGGAGCUGGCCCUCGUUGAGCCGGCGACAGCUGAGCAGCGCAGGCUGCGAGAGGCCUACACCGCCGCGACGGACGCCCUGAGUGAGUUCCGAAACAAGCACAUCAAGAUCGUGACUCGGUACAUAAUUCUGCCGUCCAGGCAGCCCUGGACGGGAGGAUCACGGACCAAUCUGGCGAGUUCGUCCUCGUCGCGAAAGGGUGAACAGGGUCUAAUGGGCACCGGUGGCACACAGCUGAUUCCCUUUUUGAAGACGUCGAGAGACGAGACGUCUGAGGCGGGGAAACUGGAAAAGGAAAGAGUAGCGUGCUGA